AUGGACGCCGACAUCAGGACCGUCCUCCCCAACAUUGACCCAGUAAUAUCCGACUACUCGGCCGGCUAUCUCAACCACGCAUCCAGGCAGUGGACGGAAGAUGAGGACGGGACCAACAACGAGGGCGGUGCCGGAUCGGCCACCACCUCACCGCUGGUAGAGGCGGCGGCGGCCAUCACGGAGAUACUGGUAUCGGCGGCCGGCGAGCCGGACGAGCAGGUCAAGGCCAAGGUGUCGCAGCUGGUGGCUAAGUGGGUGGACCGGUACGCCGAGGCCAACGGCGGGCAGCGCAUCGGGCCGUCCGAGGUGCGGAGGCUGGACCAGACGAUCCAGGUGAGCGCGCAGCGCAACAUGUCGUCGACGCUGGCCGUGGCCUCGGGCGGCGUCGACCUCGAGUCGGCCAACGCGCGCAAGGUCGAGUCCAAGGUCGAUCGCAAGAAGCUCGAGAAGGCCGAGCGGAAGAUUGCAGCCAAGCAGCAGAAGAAGACGUUCAAGACGGUCGAGUACGAGGCCUCCAAGCUGCUCAACCUGCCCGAGUCCACCGAGUCGUACGAGGAGUUCUACAUGGCCGUCAACCCGCUGCAGACCGGCUCCGACAACGCCAACAAGACAAAGGACAUCAAGAUCGACAACAUCGACGUCUCCAUCAACGGUCUGCGCAUCCUCGCCGACACGACCCUCACCCUCGCCUACGGCCACCGCUACGGCCUCGUCGGAAAGAACGGCAUCGGAAAGUCUACCCUGCUCCGUGCCCUGGCUAGGCAUGUCUGGAGAAAAGUGCUUCUCAAGGAGCAGGAUACCCUCAACGAGAAGCUCACGGCUCUCGAAGCCCAGCGAGCCACGGUGGCCGACGCAUCGGUCGAUGCGGAGCGUCUUGACAAGGAGCGCGAGACGUACGAUACCAAGCUGGGCGACGUGCAGUCCAAGCUGGCUGAGAUGGAUUCCGACAGGGCCGAGUCCCGCGCAGCCAGUAUCCUGGCCGGCCUGGGUUUCUCGACCGAGAGGCAGCAGUUCGCGACCAAGACCUUCUCCGGUGGAUGGAGGAUGCGUCUGGCGCUGGCGCGUGCCCUGUUCUGCGAGCCCGAUCUGCUGCUGCUGGACGAGCCUUCCAACAUGCUGGACGUGCCGUCCAUCACGUUCCUGGCCAACUACCUGCAGACAUACCCGAGCACGGUGCUGGUCGUGUCUCACGACAGGGCCUUCCUCAACGAGGUGGCGACGGACAUCGUGCAUCAGCACUCGGAGCGGCUGGACUACUACCGCGGGGCCAACUUCGACUCGUUCUACGCCACGCGCGAGGAGCGGCUCAAGGUGGCCAAGAAGGAGUACGAGAACCAGAUGGCGGCGCGGGCGCACCUGCAGGCCUUCAUCGACAAGUUCCGGUACAACGCGGCCAAGUCGUCGGAGGCCCAGUCGCGCAUCAAGAAGCUGGAGAAGAUGCCGGUGCUCGAGGUGCCUGAGGCUGAGUAUAGCGUGCACUUCAAGUUCCCAGAGGUGGAGAAGAUGUCGCCGCCCAUCGUGCAGAUGUCGGGCGUCACGUUUGGCUACUCCAAGGACAACAUACUGCUGCGCAACGUCGAUCUGGACGUGCAGCUGGACUCGCGCAUCGGCAUCGUCGGCCCCAACGGAGCCGGCAAGACGACGGUCCUCAGCCUCCUCAUCGGCCGCCUGGAGCCGCUGUCGGGCAUCGUCACCACGAACCCGCGACUGCGCAUCGGCUUCUUCGCCCAGCACCACGUCGACGCCCUCGACAUGACCAUGAGCGCCGUCAGCUUCAUGGCGAAGACGUACCCGGGCCGCACCGACGAGGAGUACCGCCGCCAGCUGGGCGCCUUCGGCAUCACGGGGACCACGGGCCUGCAGAAGAUGGCCCUCCUGUCCGGUGGUCAGAAGUCGAGGGUGGCGUUCGCCUGCCUCGCCCUCACGAACCCCCACAUCCUCGUCCUCGACGAGCCCUCCAACCACCUCGAUAUCGAGGCCAUGGACGCCCUGGCCGACGCCCUCCGCAAGUUCGAGGGCGGUGUGCUCAUGGUGUCUCACGACGUGACCAUGCUGCAGUCCGUGUGCACGUCGCUCUGGGUGUGCGACCAGGGUACCGUCGAGAAGUUUGAUGGCGAUCUAUGA